AAUGAACGUGGCCUGUGGACUCCGGGGGCAAUUCCUUGUGACUUAUUUCUCUCCAGGUGUCCCAGGACACAAAGGCAGAGGCCUGCAGGUGAUGACUGCUCGGGCCGCGGCAUCGAAGCCCCUGGCGCCUGGACCACUCGCGCCUGCUGCAGCCCCGCUUCCCAUCCCGCAUGUAGCCAGGACUCCGUGGAGGCGCAAGGUGCAGAGAGCCUGUCCAGGGUGCAGGGCGCGCUCAGUGGCUAGCGGGUGGCCAGACUGUGCUGGUGACUCCCGCCUAGUCGCGGACUGCAGAGAAGACUUCGAUCCUCCCAUAGCUCGGAGAGAGCUCACCUGCUGCAUUGAAUCGAACUCAGUCAGAAACAUCAAGAAAGGAGGAUCAACGUACUUGGGGAAGGGUGACCUCGAGGACAGUGGCAUGUCUACGUACUUAUGAUCUCUGCACUGGCCCUCUGGGGGUGAUUCCAUUCUGACACGUGGCCAUUUGGCUCUUUGAAGCAAUGUCCCUUCUUGGUCCCUGCUGGUGAUGUCCCUUCGAGCACAGAAGCCCCUGUCAGCAGAUAGCCAGCCUACAGGAAGUCACGAUCUGUAUUUUGGUAGAAGCAUCUGAAGACAUUUCCUAUUGCAUUUCUUCAUGAUUGGCAACUGCAGUCUAUUCUGGAGCAUUCUGGACCAGGAAGAUAACAGGAGAAAAGGUGUCAUUCUUUAUAACCAGGCCAGCCUGCUCCCAAGUGCUGCCUGUCAUGUCAUUGCUGAGGAGCUGGAGCAGAUGACCCGGAUGCUGCUCUCCUUAUCUCCAGCAGUAUUACUGUGUUCUAGGAGUUCCUCUCGAUGGAUGGCUGCUGGAGACCCUUCCAAAUAGCAGCUCUUCUUCAAUACUUAAGGAUUUACCUGGGCAUUAAGUAAUGAGAAUUUUGAAAUCAUAUAUGAACAGUACUUCCAUCCUGUGUUUACUUCUAAACAGUCAUUUUUUAACCGAGGCUGGCAUACAAGUCUUCAUUUUGGGCUGUAUCAGUACAGGUCUGCCGAAAACAGAGGCCAACUGGAAUGAUGUAAUAAGUGACCUGAAAACAAUUGAAUCUCUUAUUCAAUCUAUACAUAUGGAUGCUACUUUAUACACUGAAAGCAAUGUUCAUCCCAGUUGCAAAGUAACCGCGAUGAAGUGCUUUCUCCUGGAAUUGCGAGUUAUUUUACAUGAGUCCGGUGACAACCACAUUAACCAAACAGUGGAAAACCUGAUCCUCAUCGCAAAUCACAGUUUAUCUUCUAAUGGGAAUAUAACAGAAACUGGAUGCAAGGAAUGUGAGGAGCUAGAGGAAAAAAACAUUAAUGAAUUUUUGCAGAGUUUUAUACACAUUGUGCAAAUGUUCAUCAACACUUGAUUGUCGUGCCAUCGAUGCUCCGCUGUGUGUCAAUUACCAUCAACUGCCUUCCCCGCUGUUCAGAGGCAGCAGGUCAGUGCAUUUCCAAUGUGCUGCCAGACCAAGUCUGCCUAGCAAGAAGGAGAAGAGGAGUUUGUAUCACAUGCCCUCCUACAAAUGAAGAUAGUUAAAUAUCUUGAAGUUACCAGUCCCUAUAAACUGUUCUCAGACUUUCAUUUGUUCAUUUACUUAUUUUUAAUUUAUUGUUGCAAUCGUACAUAUUUGUAAUAUAUGUUAAAAUGUUGAAUAAAAUCGUGUGCCGUUUUAUCAAUUGA